GCAGAGAAGAAUCCACCACCAGCUGAAAUGGAGACAGGAUACGACAUGUGGUUCGGCACAAAAGAAGGGCGACAGGUCCUUGAGCACUUGGCGUGUGUCUGCCUAGCCAUACUCAGCUUCACGGCAUCUUUGGGCUUCAUCUCCUGGGCCCACGGACCAAGCCCUCCAGGGGUGUUGACAGCCCAUAUACAUGAGCUGGAUGGAAAAACUCUUGUCCACAGCCCCUCUACCCUCUAGCAGCUCCAGCCACCCUCCUUCACACCAAAGGCUCCAGCAAAUCCCGGUACCUGGAAAGCUAUGUUUAAGGAGACCAGGCAGAAGAAGAGAGUGGAGAAACAGGAGUAGAGAAAGACAGGACCAGACAAACACACUCACUCCAACCUACCCAGGGUAUGUUUGAGACCACUAAAGAGAAUAUGUCCAAUGCCUUUCCCAUUGAGGUUAGCAUGGACAGAUGGGCAGGCUACAUGGACAUUGCCAUUCCAAUCUUCAGCAUGGUUGUUCUCUAUUUGUCUCUUUUCCUGGUCCUCAAAAGUAAUGACUUUGGCCCAGUUUGCUGCAACCCUGAGGUCCACCCUCCCCGGUUCUAUUUGACUUGGCCUGUGAUCUGUGUCACACACAUAGGUGGACUCUUUCUUUGGGAUCGAGGAGAGUUUCUGCAAGCCCUCUGCCUGAGGAUGUUCCCACCCAUGCUAGGCUUUUACAUGCUGUCUGUUUCUUACAACAACUUGCAGCGUUACAGACCGUGGCUCCAUACCACCUCCUCAAAGCUUGCCUGGUUCACCUACUACGCAACACAAAACAGCUUGGCCCUGUCAGCUUGGUGGAGCUUAAUUGAUACUCUGAUUAAUCUGGGUGUCGUCCUGAAGUACACCGUUGGCCUGCAAGAUCCAAUCGUCAGCUGUGUGGUACUCACCCUACUCUUCCUGGCCAUGCUUCUAUGGUUUAUCCUUGAGACCUUUGUGUUCAUGAAUUAUAUCCACUACACUUUCACGGUGUACCCAAUCUUAAUCGUGGGACUGGGAGCAAUGUUUACCAAAGGAUACGUAUUGCUGGACAUGGCACCCAGCACCGUUUACUGUGGAUUCCUAAUGCUGGUGGCGACAGUGAUGAACUGCAUCAUGUUGUGCAGACACUGCUGUGACUCCAGACUUCAGUCCUCGGAUUCUACUCUCAAACUCGCCUUGUCCAGGCCAGAGUACUGCCCAUCAGUGAGCCAGUCAGUAGACAUGCUGGGUAUGCAGGGGGUUCAAAAGGUUCAAAAGGCCUAAGAGUUCAGUGAUUAUGUGUGAUUACACAAAGGGGAGAUGUGUAAUUGUGACCCUGUGGUACUUAUCUUGGGUAAUAUGAGGUCAGUGCCAGGCUGUAAAUCUCUGUAGCGGUUUCCCAUUGGAUAGAUGGGAUACUUUUGCUUACUUGUGUUCCUUUUUGAGAAGCUCAAAAUGAAAGUGAAGAAGAUGCUACUGAAAUACAUUUGGGCAAUUACAUUGUGGCAUAUUAAUGCCAAAUCACAAACCCCCAGUUAGAACCCUGUGACCAUGACAAUGACCCCGACGAUGAGGUGAAGAGAUUCAUACAGCUGCCGUGUUCCGCUCAUUCGUCUUCCAUUUCUAAGUGACCACACAGAUGGUCAGAGAACUGGGUACACAUCAGAGAACAGACAUCAGUGUUGGAAUCAGUUCUUCCUCAUCUCACGAUAUUAUUUCAGUUUGCAUGGUACAGACAAACCUUCAUGGUGUUCAUGAUGAAUCCUUUUACAUAUUAUCUUUGAUCGACUGAACAGGUUUCUCAGAUAGCAAUGAAUGUAAAGUGUUUUUUUUUAUUAUUAUUGUUUUUCCUGCUUUGUAAAUUUUGUAUUGUUUUUGAAUGUGUAGUAAAUGCAUAGCCUAAAUGAA